AGCUACGUUUGUGUCCUUUAAGCUGCGUUUUUUUAUUUUAUACUCUUAUGUUAUCAAAGUAAGAAUAAUAAUAAUAAUAAUAAUAUAAUUAAAACUGUGCCAGCUAAGUUACACACAUCAUUUAAUGUGUCUAGAAUGAGAAUUAGAGUUUUUAAAAUGUAAAUGACUACUCUGACUUUGGGAGCCACCGCCUGUAAGUGUGUGUUACUGUGUCAGUCUGGUGGAUUAAACCAUUACAUCCCAUAUAGAAACACGCGGACACGUGUAAGCCUCAGUCUGUGUACACAAGGAUCCGCAGAGGAAAGUCUCUGGACAGGUACUUCGCUAAAGGCUAAACUGAUUCAUUCAAGGCCUUUAGUGGUUUUUACUCUGAAGGCUGACUGGCACUGAUAUCCUACCGGCAUUGAGAUCUCAUACAGGAAACCACUUAAAGUUUGUUCGAUAAAGAAGAGAGUUUGUUUUCUUAGUGUUUUGAUUUAUCAUUAGUAAACGUUUCGAGUAAAUUUAAGAAAGUACGUUACUCGGAUCCUCAUUUUCUCCCUCUCUGUUCAUCUGGGAGUCGAAUGGCCUCUGUUGUUACAGUGAAGACAGAGAAACGUCCUUCCCAUGACUCUGAGGAUGGCGACACAGUGGCUAAGAAGGCCAGGAAGUUGUUGCCCAGCCUGAAGACCAAGCGUGCACCUGAGCUGGUGUUGGUGAUCGGCACGGGGGUGAGUUCAGCCGUAGCUCCUCAGGUGCCCGCGCUGCGCUCCUGGAAAGGUCUUAUCCAGGCGCUUCUAGAUGCUGCUAAUGACUUUGAUCUGCUUGAGGAGGAAGAGAGCCGCCGCUUCCAGAAAAGUCUGCAAGAAGACAAGAACCUAGUGCAUGUUGCUCAUGACCUCAUCCAGAAACUUUCACCACGGACAGGAAAUGUACGCUCCACCUUUUUUAAAGACUGCCUCUACGAGGUGUUUGAUGACCUGGAAUGUAAGAUGGAGAAUGCUGGGAAGCAUCUCCUCCGCUCUGUGUUGCAGUUGAUGGAAAGCGGCGCUUUGGUCCUCACCACCAACUUUGAUAAUCUACUAGAGAUCUACGCUGCCCACCAAGGGACCAAGCUGGAGUCUCUGGAUCUCACAGAUGAGAAAAAGGUUCUGGAGUGGGCCCAGGAGAAGAGAAGACUGAGCGUACUCCAUAUUCACGGUGUUUACACCAACCCCAGCGGCAUCGUACUGCAUCCUGCUGGCUACCAGAAUGUUCUGAGGAACACAGAAGUCAUGAGGGAGAUCCAGAAACUCUACGAAACAAAGUCUUUUGUGUUCCUGGGCUGCGGAAGGACAGUGGACGACACCACCUUCCAGGCGCUGUUUCUCGAGGCGGUCAAACACAAGUCCGACCUGGAGCAUUUCAUGCUGGUGCGGCGAGAGGACGUGGGCGAAUUCAAGAAGCUCCGAGACAACAUGCUGGACAAGGGCAUUAAGGUCAUCUCAUAUGGCAACGAAUACGCCGACCUGCCGGAGUACUUUGAACGACUGGCCAAUGAGAUUUGCAACCGGGAUGUGGACCGGGACGUGGUGAUCAAUGGUUGGGGAUCUCCCAUCUCACAAGGCGAAGAAAGCCAAAAUGGCUUUACGACCCAGAAAAACCUCGUGCAAGUGCAUGCUUCUAGAACCAUAGAACCAUGAAUGCAGCACAAGAGCUUCUGUUGUUUUAUACUCACCUUCCCACUGUCCUCUGCACCCGUGGCUUCCCGUGAUGAAAUGAGCUGAUGCGUACUGUUGUAACGAGAUCUUCAUUGUAGCUCUUCCUCUCUCCCUGUCCAGACUACCACUCGUGACACAAGUGGCAGUCUGGGAACGUUUCCACAGCUCCGUCGCCCCGUUCCGCUCGGAUCUGGUAUGACUAGAUCUUCACGCACAACAGACUCAUUUCUCAUACUUAAGCCGAGCGCCGCCAGUACCGGUUCGCUUCACGCGGGAAAGGCGUCAGUAAAAGCACCACCAAGCAAACUGUGAACUCCUGCAACUCAGAAAAUGUUUAUGUGAGUGAGGGAGAUUUUUUUUAAAUGUGGUUUUAAGUGAAGUGUGGACCAAGAAUGAUGUUUAAGGCCAGUCUGAUCUUAAACAUGAACUGUCAAAUACCAAAACAGUUGAACUGGAGAGUUGUAGCAGUGCAGUGUCACUUCCCAUUUUUCACAUCAGUAAAUGCACCAGCAAUAUUUAAAUGGUCAUUGUGUGAACCACACAAAAUUAUCAAGAAAUGUCCAUGUCAUAUUUCACACCUAAAUAAGAAUGUGUGUGUGUAUCAAUUUUGGACUGUUAACACAAUUAAUUUUGCAUUGCAACAUUAUUUCUUAUCAAACUUAAAAACUGCCCACCUUUAUGUUUGCAUUUACUGGAAUGUAAAAAAAAAAAAUCCUAAUUUCUGUAAAAAAAAAAAAAAAAGUAUUUGUACUAUUUUACAUAGUACAGUACAAUUGUAUGUUUAAUAAUAGCAUUUGCUGUGCUGAAUAAUGAAUUGAAAUACUGAUUUUAUAAAAAUGUAGUUUUCAUUACUUUUGCAAAUAAGAGAAAAGGCAAUACCGUACACUACCAGUCAAACGUUUUUGAACAGUAAGAUUUUUAAUGUUUUUUAAAUAAGUUUUUUCUGCUCACCAAGCCUGCAUUUAUUUGAUCCAAAGUACAGCAAAAAAUGAAAUAUUUUUACUAUUUAAAAAAAACUAUUUUCUAUUUGAAUAUGUUUUAAAAUGUAAUUUAUUCCUGUGAUUUCAAAGCUGAAUUUUAAGCAUCAUUAUUCCAGUCUUCAUUCUAAUAUGCUGCUUUGAUGCUCAAGAAACAUUUAUUAUUAUUAUUAUUAUUAUUAUUAUUAUUAUUAUUAUUAUUAUUAUUAUGUUGAAACCAGCUGAUUUUUUUUUCAGGAUUCUUUGAUGAAUAGAAAUAGAAAUAGAUCUAAAAAAGAUCUAAAUGUCUUUAUCAUCACUGUUGAUCAAUUUAAAGCAUCCUUGCUAAAUAAACAUAUUAAUUUCUAUAAUUUCUUAUAAAAAAAAUUAUACUGACUCCAGGCUUUUGAAUGGUAUAGUGUAUAAUAUUACAAAAGCUUUUGUUUUAAAUAUUGAUAAUAAUAAUAAUAAAUGUUUCCUGAGCAGCAAAUAAGCAUAUUAGAAUGAUUUUUUAAGGAUCAUGUGACACUGAAGACUGGAGUAAUGAUGCUGAAAAUGUAGCUUUGAUCACAGGAAUAAAUUACAUUUUAAAAUAUAUUUAAAUAAAAAGCAGUUAUUUUAAAUAGUAAAAAUAUUUCACAAUAUUACUGCUUCUGGUGUAUUUUGGAUCAAAUAAAUGCAGGCUUGGUGAGCAGAAGAGACUUUUAAAAACAUUAAAAAUCUUACUUUUUAAAAACAUUUGACUGGUAGUCUAUAUACACACACAAAAGCAAAUUGUGACGUUUUGUCUCACAGUAUCUCACUUUUUUUUCUCAAAAAUUUAAGAUAAAAGUCAGAAUUGCAAGAUAUAAGCUUGAGAUAUAAGCUUGUAAUUUUAAGAAAAGUCUGAAAUGUUAGAUAUAAACUCGCAAAUGCACUAAAAGUAUAAGAUAAAAAGUUGCAUUUACCUUUUUAUUUUUUAUUCUGUUGUGGAAACAAGCUUCCAUAUUACAGUAUACACACACAUUGUUUUUUAUUGGUUGAACGAUGACUCAGGACAUUCCUUUAUUACUAAAUACGUCCUGUAAGGAGGAAAUGCAAUAAAAGCACGGUCACGGUGACUGAGAUGUGAAUCAAAAUUCAUGUGAUUUCUCAGGCUUUACUUAGAAGCAUCUCAGCUUCCUUCAAUCUACUUGAACUUGUCACGAGACUGAGGAUAAUGAUGUAAUGCCAUCAUUCUUCUCAAGCCACACAACUUUCAAUACAUUUUAUUGCACUUUGACAGUCCCCAUUUAUAGUCAUAUAAAUGCUUGGUCAGUAAUGCUCAAAAGAAGAUAUGUGAACAGUUGUUUAUAACUCUUUUGUAUUUUAACUCCAGUGGUCCACUGUUUUAUCAUCUCUGUCCACAAAUGUCUUUUAGGUAUUUAUAUGCUAUUUUAAAAUAAAGCAUCUGUUUGGUACCAAAUGUGUUGUUGUCAUUAAUGAAAGCAAAUACAUGCAGUGAAUUUGUUUUCAGAAAUUACAUCGACACACCUCAUUUUUUAACGCAUGAGCGAGAGCAGACAUU